AUGGAACCGAGACUGGCGCUGCCCAGCUCGCAGCCUCUAAGGAUCUCAGCGCAGUAUCCAGUGGGAUCGUCUUCGGCAGUCCCGUCAUCAUCAUCGGCCGCGGCUCGGCCUCGAGGGUCGCAUGGCGUGUCCAUCGGCCCUACACCAGCCUCGCAUGCCGCCGCAGUGGCGGUGGCGACGCCAGUGCCGCCACCAUCUUCUUCGUCACGACUUCUGCAGGAAAUCGAGGAAACCCGUAAACUCCUUCGCACCUUCCGCGCGUUGAAGGAGCGCGGCGCGAGCCGUGCCGAGCUGGCAGAUCUUCACCUCCGUGUCAAGGCCCUCAAGGCGGCGCAACAGUGCCAGCAACAAAAUUCCGGCGCAUGCAAGGAGGCAACUCUCUCUCUGGCUGCGUCCACGACCACGGACGCGGAAGUAGCUGCCGUAACAGCAGCGGCGCGUCCGUCGUUCGCGUGCUCACCAGGGGCGGCGCCACCAUUGUCGUGCGCGCACCGUCACGCAGGCGUCGCACUCCACGAAGAAGCAGCUGGGUGGACUGCGGGAUCAAGCCACCGUUUGCAUCAACCUCAGCAACGAGGAGUCGAGGAGGCACACAUUGCACAUGGCGACGGACGGCUACCUGAAGGCAGGCAUCAUCAUCGCCAUCACCGUGACCGCCACCAUGACGUCCGUGUGAACCGGGCGGCAUCGCUGUCCAUCUCUCCGAGCCUAUCCACAGCCACAGCACAGGCUUCGACGGCAGUGCGCAACGGCGCCGCUAACGCCGUGGGCAGCGGCAGCGCUGGUGUUGGCAGUGCCGUGGCGCUGCCAACAAGCACGGCAUCGGUGGUGCCCGGAUCCCUUGCGCAGAUCAACUCCAUCGUGUUUGCCAUCGCGCUCGCGGAGGCGCACACGCGACAUGAAAUCUCGCACCGAUGGGAGCGCCGGUGGCUGCGGCACUGGGCGAACUUUAGGGAGGAGCGCAUCGCCAUCGCCCUAAGCCCGCCCACCACAGCGACGGCUGCGCUGUCACGUCCGCAGCUGCAGCCGGAGAGGUGGGCGGAGGUUGCCCCGAUGACGCUACCUCGCGAACGGCAGCAGCAGCACCAGGCGGCGUCGGCUACGACGGCUACUGUGGAGGGGAGCAGCGUUGCGACCGCCACCGCAGCCCGCACCGUCGACGCUUCUCCUGCACCAGUGCCGGGCAAGAGCAUUGGGGAGGCGGUCACAGCUACAACAAGCAGCCCAGCGGUGGCAGACCUUCAAGAGACGUCGUCGCUCUUGGCCGGUCACCGAAGUGGCGACGAGGUGCGCCAUGUCGCUGAAGAACCAGAGGAGACUAUCCCCGACGUGGACGACGCCUCUGUGAAGGACUCGGUGGUGUGGGCAAGGCCUCUUCCACAGUACCAACAGCAUCCGGCAGCAGAGCGAGACUUAGAGGCGAGCGCAUGCGCCACUCCUGACGCGGCUGCCGAAGCGGCGGAAGCCGUGAGGAACGUUGAGGACGAGGAAGUUGCCGCGCGCACGGCGACGGAGAGCGCUGCUGCAGAGGCGCGGAAGCGUAUAAAGCUGGCGGAAGUCCCAGCGCGCCUCAGAGCUGAGGAGGCAUGGAAGGCUGUGCAGUCGCUCAUGGCCGCUGAAGCAGGGGCCCGUGCCACCCUCGAAGGUGACGAGGCCCGCUUGAGGAUCUCGCACGUUGCAGCGGAGCAGAACGGCGCCCGGUGCGCUGCCCUUGCGGCAGCAGAGGCGGAGUCUCGGCGGCGCGUGCAGGAGGAGCGAGUGCGUCAGGAGGCAACCGCGCGAGCAGCAGCGGCCAAGAGAGAGAAGAAGCGAGAGGCUGCUGCGCGUCGUGAGGCCGAGGCGCAACGGCAAGCUGCAGUAGACACCGAAGCUGCGGAGCGGCGUUCUGUGGAGCAGCAGUGGCAGAAAGCCGUCCGUCUCUGCGAGUCACUGCUGUCCGAUCGGAUCAAGGAUGCUGUUGCAGCGGCUCCGCCGUUGGCUCACUCGAAGGGCACACGUGCACCCGAACAGCCACCGCGCGAUGCGCUAGCGAGGAUGGAGGACGCACAAGCAACGGAGAAGUGCGUCGCAGCUUUCGGCGCAGCAGCGGACGCUGUGCUUGGUGAGUGGAUCAGCACGGCAGCGGCGGAGGCCGAGCACGUAGCGUCGGUUGAAGCGGCCAGGCGGAGAAUGAAAGAAGAAGCCGCAGCUCGAGCGAAGGCUGUGGUGCAGGAGAGGGCGUCGGCGGCGGAGGCUGCACGUGCCGCGGUCGCACGGGCCGAAGACGAAGGUAGGGUUGCACUGGCCUCUUCGGAAGAGGCGCUGUGGCAGCGGCUGCAGCUGCAGCACAGAGCUGGCGUUGAGGCGACGCGUCUCGCAGCCCUUGCAGCCGAGGAAAAGGCCGCUCGACACCGUGCCGAGCAGGAGGCAGCUGCGGCCCGUCUGAUGAUGGAGAUGCGUGCGGCCGAAGAAGCAGCGCGCGCCAAGGCCAUCCAGGAGGCCGUGCACUUGCAGGCGGUGCAGCAGGCGACUGCGAUAACCGCUACGCUGUGCUCCGCCGUCGCUGAGCUCUCCAAGAAUCUUGUAGACGGCUGUCUAGCCGAGGCAGCGCAGCAGGUAUCCGAACAAGUAAAAGCGGCCGCUGUGGUGGCGUUGGAGAUGCAACGGCGCGAGAGGGUCGAAGGCGCAGAGGCGUCGGCGCGAGAUGACACGUGCGGCGACGCGCUUGACGAGCUGACGCGACUGCGCGAGGAGGAGGCAGCCGCAGAGGUCCACAAGCGCAUUGAGGUCGAAGAUGUGGCUGCCGCGGAGGAACAGCAGCAGCAGCAGCAGCAGCAGCAGCAGCAGCGUGUGCAAGCGGCUGCGCAGUAUUUUGGGAUUUCCGAGUUGAGUGAAGCUCUGCUGCUCGAAUUCCUGCACGAUGCUGCCGCCGGGGCGGUGGCGGCACGCGCGGCGGCCGUCGCGAACGAUCGUCCUGCCGAGGCGUCACAGCCGGUUGCCCUACCAGAAGGGGAAGCGGGAGCCGCGAGUGCCUUCACGGAGGACGGUCAGCACCACCACCCGUCUGCCGAUGACGCCGCUGAAGAGUCGGACGCUCGCGCAGAAAAGAGGACGGGGGACGGCGUUGACAGCCUUGACAACCCUGACAAGGCUAACGUAGAUACAUCAGCACCGGGGGCCGUGGCCGCGACACCAUCACUCUCUCUCUCGCCGUCGUCCUCUGCCGACCCGCCGUCGUUCUUCGGGAAAUCCGUCUCUGGGGAUGCGGCUCCGAGUGCUGUCACAACUGGCGUGCCGCAAGCCCGUGCGGCCGAGGGCGUAGGGCUGCUGUCGCCCACCGCUUUCGUGCACGUCGUCGAUGGCAUCCUCUCUGACGUUCUCAGCGAUGCAGCCAUGGGGGCGCAGACGGGCCGUGCUGAUGCUGUCGGCGUAAUCAGCGAGGAUAUAGCGAGCCCAACCCGCGCAGGGCAGCGGGCGAGGGAGCACCGUAAGUCCCAGCCCAACCGCUCCGACGUGUCCUUCGAGUCAAUUGGCAAUGGCAGCUCGCACUCCACCUUGGGGUGCUCCCCACCGGGGAAACUGCAGUCGAAGCCCCUGGAGCUACCGCUCGCCAUCGUGGCCUGUGAUGCUGCAGGCGGCCGUGAGCCACAAGCGCAGUACGCGGGGGGCGAGCCCAACGACUGUGCGAAGGCCGACGCGGUUGUUGGCGGGGCCGGCAACGUCACAGCGUCCCUGGCUGAGGUCACAGACGUGGACAAGUGCACCCCACACCGGCGCAUCGUCUCGCCCCUGUUGAUACCAUCAAUGGACAUCGCCAUCGCGAGCAUGUCCUCCACUUCGACAGCUUCCGUAACGGACGGAAGAGGAGGAGGCUGCGCUCACGGGGCCGACGACGACGACGCGGCCUGCAGCUCCCUCACCGCCCCCGGGGCGCCACGCCCGCUCAAUCUGCUGCAGCACAACGUUUUGUCUCCGCUGCUGUGCCAGCAGCACGGCGGCGUCCACGACGACAGCGGCGAGGCGAGCACGCCUGCCGGCAGUGACGAUACGGCGGGCGCUACGACGGCCGCUGAAGUGGCCGAUCAGCCCUCGUUAUCGAAGAAUAGCCGAGCAAGACCGCAGACUCCAGAGCGCACCAGGACGGGCGACCACGACGCCACCUCCGGCGCAGAGGGGAUGCGGUCCGCGGUGGUCACCAUGGGCCACCGCGUCAUGGGAAUCGAAGAGGACUUGCGCGCUUUUCAGCUGGACGCACCGCUGCCGCCACAUAACGUAGCCGAGCAGUGCGCUGGAGCGCGUAUCGCUGCCGAGGAUUUACUCACGGCAGACGCCGUGGCGGCGGUGGCAGACGCUCUGGUGCAGCGCUCGGUUCACGACGCGUCUCUUCUCUUCCACUCUCGGGGACAGUCGACAGCGCUGAGCACCGACAGCGAUCGCCAGGAGUCUCACGACGCCGUCAAGGUCCGCCACGCACCGGCGCCACCGCUCCUCUUUACCAGCGCUCAGAACCACGAGCAGAGCACGGCGGAGGGCAAGAGCAGUAUCAGUGGCAGCGGUGGUGGCACGUCCUCGUCCGCUUGCGCCGGGGAUGUCGAGGCACAUGCGGAGAAGAGGGUCAGCAUCGCGGAGAUGGGCUCAGGCUUCACGAGUGGCGACGCUCGGGAGGCCACCCUGCGUGUUACUCGGUCAUUGUCGCCGGCCGCUGCCGCGGUGGCCGUGGAAGGCAUCGCUGGCUCGCAUGCGCCGCUCGCAAGCCUGUCGGCCCUCGUCUCCGCCGUGGCGGCACCGAAUGACUUUGUGGCUCGGCUGCGGAAGCAAGAAGCAGAGAAGAAAGUGGCGGCGCAUCAACAAAACCGCUACCUCACCAGUCGCGAGCUGGCGCUCGUCGCGGCGCGUUACUUGACGUCGGAAGCGGCCGCAGCGCAUGUGAUGGAGGUUGGCCCCACCACCACGCUCUCGGCUCGUGCCGUGGCGCUUGUUCUGUCGGUGGGGCUCGUGCGUGCCGUCACGCUGGAGAAUCGACGCGCGCGCCGCCGCAUGGGGAAGGCGGAGAAGGGAGACGGGAGCAGUUCCAGGGGCGAUGGCAGCAGAGCGGGUGGCGGGGUGCUCGUGGGAGAGAAUGGGUCGCGGAAGCUGGCCCCGGGCAGUGGAGCUGCCUCAGCGAUGAUGGACAGCCCGAACGCGCGGUUCCCGUCGCUGGGCAGCGGUGGCGAUGGCGUCGGAUUUCCGACGGGCACCAUCGGCGAGGCAGGCGCGGCAGGGGACAAGGAGGGCGUCGAUGUUCCACUCGCGUCACCAACCGCACGUCGCCGCAGCGGCGGCGGCGACUCGAGCGUGUCUGAACCUACCGCCUCAAGCGCUGUGGGCGAUGUUGCGCACGCGAGCAGGGACGGGAAGGAUACGGACAUGAGUGGCGGCCCCAUGGGUCUGGGGUCCCGGCCCCUGUCACUGCUGUCGUCGCCGUCGCUCGGGUUCGCCCCUCAGCCGACGGGUGGCGAUGGCGUCAAAGGCGAGCUCGCAGCGAAUCCAGCGCAGCAGCAGGCUGGGGUGCGCGACAAGCUGCCAGCGGACUGGAUCACCGCGCUGCGCGGCGUGGCCGAGCGGGUCGCGCGCGACUUCAUCGACUACGCCUCCCGCCGCGUGCUGCUCGGCAAAGGUGAGGGCCAGUCGAACCAAGAUCAACUGCGCACUGCGCGACGCAUCCACAGCGACGCCCUCGCGCGCGUCGAUGUGCAGGCGCUCUUCACGCAAGAGCUGCAGCCGCGCGAUGUGGCACGGCUGACCUCCUACUACGUCGAGCUAGCGGUCAACGGACCGCGUGACCGCGUCGACCCGCUCUGCGCCCCUGCCGCGCUUGGCGAGCACAACAUCUUUGGUCACCGCCGCAACGGGCGAAACGAAGAUGUCGCCGGCUUCGACAACCUCGACGCAGCGUCAACGACCGCGUUCGCGCCGCCGAUGCAGCCCCGGUCCCUCUUCGCCUCCCCUCACCUCCUCCCAAUGCGGAAAGACAGCCUGCUGUCAGCAGCCACAUCCAGUCAUGUGCGCCGCGCCGGACUGCUGCAUCUGGUGCUGGAGCAGUGCGUGUCGAACGUGCUGCAAGACCUGGUCGGGGACACGGUGGGCUGGCUCUGGACCGCCUGCCUGCAAGCAGCACCGCCGGGAGCCGCACCGAAUGGCACGCUGUAG